AUGGUGUCAUGUGGAUUUCCGACAACCAUCUCAACUACUACGAUCUUCUCGGCGAAUAAGGAUAACAAAACAAAGGAGGACUGCGGACAACGACCGCAAAAAACAACGGGAGAAGUCGACAUUCCAUUAAACCUCAACAGCGAAUGGUUAAAGCGUACCAACUUAACCAAUAAACCAUCUACACCAAGCUGCCGUGCAGCAAAAUCGAAGCAAGUAUCGCAACGUCCAUUCGAAAUAAUGUCAUCUAAUAGAAAGCGUAAACCCAUAAGGGUGUGGGUAGACGGUUGCUUUGACAUGAUGCAUUAUGGUCACGCCAAUGCUUUGCGUCAGGCGAAGGCAAUGGGAGAUUUCCUUGUAGCAGGCGUUCAUUCGGAUGCUGAAAUCGAGAAAAACAAAGGUCCAACUGUCAUGAAAGAGGAGGAAAGAUACGCUGCCGUCGCUGCUUGCAAGUGGGUCGAUCUCGUGGUUCCGGAUGCACCCUACAUCACAAGUCUCGAUGUAAUGGAUCAGUAUGAUUGCGAUUUUUGUGUCCAUGGUGAUGACAUAACCACGGCUGCAGAUGGGACGGACUGUUACCAGGCGGUGAAAGAUGCGGGUCGUUAUCGUGAAUGCAAACGUACUCAAGGUGUCUCCACCACGGAGCUCGUGGGACGCAUGUUGCUUAUGACACGUGAUCACCACCAUCGUCGUUCUUCCAUUUCUUCUAUCAAUAACGAAGAUCUGAGUACCUUCAGUAGCAGUGCGUCCAAGCAAAGUCCUGAGACAAAGAUUUCACAUUUUUUACCCACUUCCAGAAGGAUAGUGCAAUUUUCGGAAGGAAGGGAGCCGAAUCCUGGGGACAAGGUUAUUUAUGUCGACGGAACUUUUGAUCUAUUUCAUGUUGGUCAUAUUGAGUUCUUGAAAAGAGCCAAGGAUCUGGGUGAUUACCUUUUGGUCGGCGUUCAUGACGAUCAGACGGUUAAUGCUAUUAAGGGUGUAAACUAUCCACUGAUGAAUUUACACGAACGCGUGUUAAGCGUUCUCGCGUGUAGAUAUGUCGAUGAAGUCAUCAUCGGGGCACCAUACAGUGUCGACGAAAACGUAUUGUCUAAAGUUUACAAGGUGGAUAUCGUCGCUCAUGGAAAUACCCCUUCUCUGCCUGACAUCAAUGAUGAAGACCCGUACAAGGUUCCAAAAGAAAAAGGGAUCUACAAAGAAAUAAUAAACCCCGCCGCAGACUUGACUACCGACAGUAUCAUCGAAAGAAUAAUUGAACAUAGAAAGAGGUACGAAGAACGACAGUUAAGGAAAAACAAAAAGGCGCAAUUGGAGGCGGAAGCCGAAAAAUUGGAGAAAGAAGCAUCGAAACGUUGA